CUUUUCCUCUUAAUUCAAAGGAAUGAAAUUACUUCUCAGAUGAUAUUCGUAGACUUGUGACACUGCUUUCGAACAGCAUGUUGAACUGUGAUUGGUGAUAUGUUUUCUCAUAUUGCAUGAUUUCCUUAAGUUCUUCUCUGUGGGAGAAGCCGGUUUGAAAGCUGACAGCAAGCUGGCAAUGACUUCGAGCAAAAUAGACGAGAUCCACAAGGCAGUGAGUACUGGCAACUUGCGAGAUGUGCAGCACCUGAUCGACCGCAAGAAACUUGCAUUCUGCAGAGACCAUAUGGGUGCCAGCCCCAUGCACAAAGCAGUUCUUUUCUCUCAAAAACCCAUUAUCGACUACCUUCUCGACAGAUAUCCCUCUGUAGUCCAUGCAAGAGACCACAAAGGCAGGACACCUCUUCAUUAUGCCGCUGUGCUGUCCGAUGGCGGUGAGAUUUACAAAAUGUUAUUGGACCAUGGUGCUGAUACAAAAGCAACCGAUGUU